AUGGCAUACUCCUCAUCAAGCUUCUUUAAAAUCUCUUCGAUCUCAUUCUUCUUCUUAACUGCAUCUUCCGGAUUUUCAAACUGGCUCUUCAAGAUAAACUCCAAGUUCCCCAAUUUGUAUCGAGGGUCAAGAACAAUAACAACCAUCAAAAUUUGGUUCAAGUGCACGAAUGUGGAUAUGGCACGCAAAAUUUUCAACCAAAGCACCAGAACUGAUGUUGUCAUGUGCACUGCUAUGAUUUCAGGGCUCGUUCUCAAUGGGAUGAAUAAUGAUGCAUUGGAAAUUUUUAGACGGUUACUUAAAGAGAAAAUGCGACCGAAUUCUCUAACCUUGGCAAGUGUUUUACCAGCUUGUGCUGGUUUGGUUGCUCUGAAAUUGGGAAAGGAAUUGCAUGGAAACAUCCUCAAGCAUGGGCUUGACGGAAGGCUCCAUCUGGGAAGUGCGCUUAUAGACAUGUAUGCAAAAUCUGGAAGAUUGGAUCUUGCUCAUCAAGUUUUUGAAAGAAUGUUUGAAAGGGACACCAUUUGUUGGAACUCAAUGAUAACAAGCUAUUCCCAGAAUGGCAAGCCAGAAGAAGCCAUUGAUAUAUUUCGUCAAAUGGGGAUGGCAAGUGCCAAGCAUGACUGUGUAAGCAUUUCAGCUGCUCUUUCUGCUUGUGCAAACUUACCGGCACUUCAUUAUGGGAAAGAGAUUCAUGGUUUCAUGAUUAGAAGUGCAUUUAGCUCUGAUCUGUUUGCUGAGAGUGCACUGAUAGACGUGUAUGCCAAAUGUGGAAACUUAGUUCUUGCUUGCCGUGUGUUUGACAUGAUGGAAGAGAAGAAUGAAGUUUCCUGGAACAGCAUUAUUUCUGCUUAUGGGAGUCACAGUUGCCUUAAGGAUUCUCUUGUCCUGUUUCGUGAAAUGUUGGGUAAUGGGAUCCUGCCUGAUCAUGUCACCUUUCUUGGUAUAUUAUCUGCUUGUGGCGAUGCAGGCCAAGUGGAUGAUGGAAUUUUCUACUUCCAUUGCAUGAUUGAGGAAUAUGGGAUCCCAGCUAGGUUGGAGCAUUAUACUUGCAUGGUAGAUCUAUUUGGGCGUGCUGGACGUUUAAGUGAAGCAUUUGAAACAAUAAAGAGCAUGCCAUUCUCCCCAGAUUCUGGUGUCUGGGGAACAUUGCUUGGAUCUUGUCGGGUCCAUGGCAAUGUUGAGCUUGCUGAAGAGGCAUCAAGACAUCUUUUUGACGUAGAACCACAAAAUUCUGGGUAUUAUAUACUACUCUCAAAUAUACAUGCUGAUGCUGGAAAAUGGGGGAGUGUGCUUAAGGUUAGAAGUUUGAUGAAGGAGGUUCCUGGGUACAGUUGGAUCGAGGUUAAUAACAACACUCAUAUGUUUGUUGCAGCAGAUGGAAGUCACCCACAGUCUGCUCAGAUGUAUUCAAUGCUCAAGAGUCUUCUUCUUGAACUGAGAAAAGAGGGUUAUAAUCCUCAACCCUAUCUUCCUACACACCCACAAACAACAAAGUGCACUGCCCAUAGUCCCCUAAGUCCCCGGGUAAGAAGGACAUUUGGAAGGGAGAGAACUUGGCACGAGGGUGCCGAAGGUGAAGGGGUUGCCGAAGGGACAAAGUUGCAUGUCUCAGGGGAAUGUGGUUGGGCACAAGGGUGCCGAAGGCAUAAGAAUUGCACGUGUCAAGGCGAUGGGCUUAGGCACGAGGGUGCCGAAGGUGACACUAAGGUUGCAUGUUUGCAAGGCAAUAUGCUUAGGCAAGGAGGUGCCAAAGGCAAAGAGGAUGCCGAAGGAGACAUGAAGCUUGUAUGUCACAAGACAAUGUGGCUGGGCACGAGGGUGCCGAAGGCAUAA